GAAAUAUUCACAAAAAUGGCACCGUGCUAGAUGGGUUUACUGUGCGCCAAGCUGUGCGACUGCUGUUGUUACCAUCAAACCAUCAGCUGUUGUCGGACUAGUUCGCCUGCGAUGGAGGAAUUCCAGGUGCUGAUCCUUGGACCCUCGGGCAGUGGCAAAACGGAGCUGGGACACCGCUUGAGCAGAGUGUCACGUGACCGGGAUGACCAGGAGGCCACGAAUGGUGUGCGUUGCUAUCGAAUGAAGUCAGCAGAGGAGCCAAUUGCACAGCUUCAGCUCACCGAAGUCGGUGGCAAUGUGGAGAUGCAGCGCCUGUGGAAGCAUUAUUAUGCCUCCUCGCAUGCCCUGAUAUAUUGCUUCGAUCUGGGUGCGGAUCCAAUGGUAAUGCAGGGCACAUUCUCACUGCUAACCGAUUGCCUUGUGGGCACACAGCUAGCUGGUAAACCAGUGCUCCUGGUGGCAUCACGUCAUCGCGUUGGUGUCCAGCUGUACGACGUGGAAUAUGCCUUCGGUUUGGAGGAGCUGGCCAAAUCGUGCGACUGUCCACUGCUCAUCUGUCACAUGGACGAGACGGAGGAUUUGCAUCGGGGAAUUCGAUGGCUAUGCCACCAGUUGAUGGCCAGAAAAUCGCAAUUGGAUCAGCGGAUUCGAUACGAUGUAAAUAUGCAGGUUUGGCAGCGUCGAAAGCGAUCGCUUUUACCCAGCGCAAAACUAGCUCAAGUUCAUAGACAUCGUUUUCGGCGACAGACACGAAAGAUAUUGCCUGCUAUCCAAGGAUUUGGUGGAACAAAAAAAAGGCCCAGUACAGCACCAUCCAAAAUUUUCUUUGUAAAUUCGCACCCAGAAGACUAA